CAUCCUCCUCGGAGGCCGCACCGGCACGAAUCCUGGCCAGUUUGAAGCGAGUUCUGGAGGGCUUACAUGGACCAGACAAGGUGGAGGAGAGAGGAUCAGGAUCGAUAAAGCUGAUAUAACUUCUGUGAAAUGGAUGAAAGUCCCUGGGGCAAAUGAGCUUGAAGUCAGCACCAAUGAUGGCCUGUUCUACAAGUUUAUUGGCUUCCGGGAACAGGUACUAUGGGAGGAAAUAUUGAAAGGGAAUGAUCGCUUGAGUUCUAAUGAAGAGGAAGUUGUCACCUUUGAUGGAAUAGCUAUUCUUACACCAAGAGGAAGAUAUGGUGCUGAGCUUCAUCUUUCAUUCCUGCGGCUCCAAGGACAAGCUAAUGCUUUUAAAAUUCAAUAUAGCACUAUUAUUCGCCUCUUUGUUUUGCCAAAGUCAAACAAUCCUCAUACACUUGUGGUUGUCACUCUUGAUCCUCCAAUCCGUAAAGGGAAAACGCUCUAUCCUCACAUUGUAAUUCAGUUUGAGACAGACACUGUCGUUGAGAAAAGCAUGAAAUUAAGCAGAGAGCUUCUUUCUGAAAAAUACAAAGGCAGGUUGGAGGAAUCUUAUCAGGGUCUAGUACAUGAGGUAUUCAUCAAAGCCCUUCGUGGUCUAUCUGGUGCUAGAGUCACAAGGCCAGGAUCUUUCAGAAAUUCCCAAGAUGGUUAUGCAGUUAAAUCAUCACUCAAAGCUGAACAUGGACUGUUGUAUCCACUUGAAAGGGGCUUCUUCUUUCUGCCGAAGCCCCCUACGCUCAUUAUAAAUGAAGAGAUCAAGUAUGUUGAAUUUGAACGUCAUGGCACUGGGGGAGCCAGUAUGUCAUCUCGUUAUUUUGACCUCAUCGUCACGUUAAAAAAUGACGAAGUGCAUCUCUUCAGAAAUAUUCAAAGGAGUGAAUACUAUAAGCUCUUCGACUUCAUCACUGAAAGGAACUUGAAAUUAAUGAACCUUGGAGAUGGUACAAGUGGUGGGGUUGCAGAUAUUUUUCUUGAGACUGAAAAUGCUGGUGGUGAUCCCUAUAUCCCGAGAAUAAAAAAUCAGGCCGGGGAUGAGGAAUGUGAUGAAGAGGAUGAAGAUUUUGUUCUAGAUAAGGAUGAUGGUGGAUCUCGUACCGAUGAUUCUGGUGGUGAGGAAUCAGAUGCCAGUGAAAGUGGUGGUCAAAAAGAGAAGUCGUCCAAAGAGGAAGCGAGUAGUUCAAAGCCACCUGCGAAAAGGAAGCCUAAGGCCAGGGAUGGCGAAGGUUCAGAGAAAAGGAACUCAAAGAAGAAGAAAGAUCCUAAAGCCACCAAAAGAGCGGUGCUGCCGUUCAAGUACUUCUCAAUGGCUGCGCGGCCAGGAGUGAAGGAGAGCUACCCAGAUUUGCCUCCGACUGACAUUUCGAGGAAGCUUGGUGAGAUGUGGCAAAAGAUGUCAUCCGAAGAGAAGCAGCCUUACAUUCAGCAGUCUGAGAAGGAAUUUGCUGCUUACCGUGCUGCUGCCUAAGGGUGUCGUGCGGCGCGGGAUGCGGGAUU